CCCGGGGAGGACGAGGCCCGCGCGCCCCGCGCCGCCGCCAAGGCCGCGCAGUGCAACCUCAGCGUGAAGCAGAGAAACCAAAGUGUGCUCAGCUCCUUCUUCUGCUGCUUCCGGGCCUACGACGCAGAGACCCCGUUAUCCAGCACUCCCCCCGAUGUGCUUCCGACAUCUACAGGAGAAAAUGGGGCCCUGCACAAGGGUGACCAGCGGCCAGUCACUCCCACCCCAAGUCCACCAGCUGAAUACCUUCUUCCAGAGGUGACGGUGGCGGACUACGGGAAGAAGUGUAUUGUUAUCGACUUAGAUGAGACGCUGGUGCACAGUUCAUUUAAGCCUAUUAGUAAUGCUGAUUUUAUUGUUCCUGUUGAAAUUGACGGAAGCAUCCAUCAGGUGUACGUGCUGAAGCGGCCGCACGUGGACGAAUUCCUGCAGCGCAUGGGGCAGCUGUUCGAGUGCGUGCUCUUCACUGCCAGCCUGGCCAAGUAUGCAGACCCGGUGGCCGACCUGCUGGAUCGCUGGGGCGUGUUCCGGGCCCGGCUCUUCAGGGAGUCCUGUGUCUUCCACCGUGGGAACUACGUGAAGGACCUGAGCCGCCUGGGGCGGGAACUGAGCAGAGUGGUCAUCGUGGACAACUCUCCCGCCUCCUACACCUUCCACCCUGAGAACGCCGUGCCCGUCCAGUCCUGGUUUGAUGACAUGACCGACACGGAGCUGCUGGACCUCAUCCCCUUCUUGGAGGGGCUCAGCCAGGAGGAGAACGUGUACCGUGUGCUCCACAAACUCUGCGACAGGCCUCAAGUACGAGGUGACAACUUCAAAGUCUCCCAGCCCUGGCAUGACACCUGUCAUCCCCACUACUCGGGAGGCUGAGAUCCAGAGGAUCAUAGUUCAAAGUCAGCCCCAGGUAGGAAUGUCCGUGAGACUCUGAUCUCCAGUGAACUACAAAUUAAAGCCAGAUGCAGCGCUAGGGCUCAGAGGGGUGGAGCACUAAGCUUUGAGCCAGAAGCUCAAGGACAGCGCCCCAGAUCCUGAGUCCAAGCCCCAGGAAUGGCACAAAAUAAAAAAGAUCUGUAAACCUGUAACCUGGCCACACUUUACAGCUUUGGGUUUUACAGGUGGCUUUCUAAUGAAAAGUCAGAUCAACUCCCCACAUAGCGCAUGUCCCGGCCAGCCAGUGCUGGCCCUGCCACUGACUGCCAAGCCUGGGUCCCCAUGGUUUUCCGCUGGACAUCUCAAUGUGAUUGCAAAAAUAGGUAAAAUUUACAAGAAAGCCAUCGUGCCACACGGUGUGGGGACCACACCCAGCACCCCGUGUCCACAGGGACAGCCCUCCCCAUGAAGAAGUUGGCCGUGAUGGGUUUUUUCUUUUUCUCUUCCCUGCCAAAAUAACAAUAAAUCCAGCCUGGACCUGC